CUCUGCUCAUCAGGAGUUUGGGUGUCAAAGCGGGCAUAGAACUCGUUCAGCUCAUCUGGAAGUGUGGUAUGGCUGGACGUGGCUACGCUACUGCUGUCGAUAGUCUGUGAUGUGCUGGAGCCCCGCCCACAUGCGCCGAGGGUCUGAGGUGGAAUAGUAGCCCUCCAGCUUCUGUCUGUACUGUCUUUUGGCCUCCCGUAUGGACCUCCUCAGGUCAUAUCUGGCCUUUUUGUAGUCAUCAGCGGUGCCCAUGACAAAUGCAGUCGAACGAGCACGUAGCUUAGCCCUUACAUCACAGUUCAUCCACUGUUUUUGGUUAGGGUAUUUUCUGUAAUACUUGCUGGUGGUAACAGUCUCUAUACAUGUGCUAAUGUAGCCAGUAACAGCAGAAGCAUAUUCAUCCAAAUCAACAGUACAAUCUUCCCUCCCCGCUGCAGUUUUAAACACAUCCCAGUUUGUGCAGCCAAAGCAGUCCUGAAGUACUUGAUCAGUUUCUUCAUUCCACACUUUAACUGCUGUACGUACAGGGGGAGCUUUUUUAAGAAGUUGUCUGUAUGUUGGAUAAAGGAAUAUAGAGAUGUGGUCAGCCUUACCAAAGUGGGGUCUUGGAACAGCCUUCAAAGCACCUUUCAUGUUGCAGUAGACUUGGUCCAGGAUGUUAUUUUCCCUUGUGGGAAAGCUCACAUGCUGGUAAUAUUUGGGGAGGACAGUCCUGAGGUUACAGUGGUUGAAAUCGCCAGAUAUAAUGAAUACAGCGUCUGGGUGUUUGGUCUCGUGUUUAUCAAUGAUGUCAUGCAGGAGGCCUAGUGCAUUAGCAGUGUUAGCUCGUGGUGGGAUGUAAACAGCAGUUAAAUACACAGCGCUAAACUCACGAGGUAAAUAAAAAGGUCUGCAUUUCACCAUCAGCAGCUCAAUGUCCUGCGAGCAGUGCUUUUCCAUCGUCUGUACGUCUGUGCACCACCGUUUGUUUACGUAAACACAGACGCCGCCACCUCUGUGUUUACCAGACGCUAAAGUCCGAUCUCCCCGGUAAGCAGCAAAUGAUUCCAACUGGAUCGCCGAGUCCGGUAUAUCCUCCGUCAGCCAGGUUUCUGUGAAGGUGAGGACACAGCAUUCCCUGAUCUCACGUUGAGCUGUAAUCCUUGCUCGUAGUUCGUCCAUCUUGUUUUCAAGAGAGCGGACGUUGGCUAGCAGCAGGCUUGGUAGCGGUGGCCUCGUCGCUCUAGCUUUUAGCCUAGCAUGCAGGCCGGCUCGCUUGCCUCGUUUACGCCUCGGAUGCUUUGCUCGCCGGGUAUUCAGCUCACCAGGCCCGCAGGCUGCUGCGUUCUCUCGGCGCAGAAGAAAGGCAAAGUCUGAGAGGCUAAAUGAAAGUUCAUGGUGAACCCUGCCGAUGUUCAAAAGUGUCUCUCUGUUGUAAUGUACUGCGUGAGUGUGUUGAAUGUCCAAAAUGAACAAUAAAAUAGCAAAAAAUAGAAAAACCCGGGAGAGUGUCACAGAGACGUCUGCCACGGAGGGCGCCAUCUUUGAUUCUAUGUGCCAUGUAGCCUGAUGUUUCCAAAAGUUGAGUUGACCUGGUUUAUCCUGGUGAGCAUGUUGCAAGAGAUGAUGUGACAAUGACACACGGUUAGGCCUGCCGCGAUAAUCAAUAAAUCAAUGAGCCGCACUAUAAAUAAAAACAAACUUGAUAAUUGUUCUGGCCUUGAUGUUGAUGAUGAUGAUCAACAUGUGCAUGCGUGUUUGUUGUCCUCCUCUCUCUCUACCAAACAGGCUGAAUGACAAGAGGGUUCACUCUGCACCUGUCUCACCCCCUGGGAGCGUUGGUUCUAUCGCGGAAUGAACGGACAAAUGGUGAUGAGCCUACGGGUGUCGGAGCUGCAGGUGCUGCUGGGGUACGCUGGGCGCAACAAACACGGACGUAAGCAUGAGCUGCUAACCAAGGCGUUACAUCUGAUAAAAGUGGGCUGCAGCCCCGCCGUGCACAUGAAGAUCAAAGAGCUGUACCGCCGACGCUUCCCUGCAAAAAUGUUGUCUCACUCUGAGCUCUCCCUGCCCGGGCCGCAUCACCCAGCCUCCGCAGGGGUGGUUGGAGGAGGCGGAGCUGCGUUACCCGCCGGCCUGACACAGCUGGCGUACGAGGGUCAUGCGGGUCACAGCGGAGCCCCGUCACCUGCUGCCUUACUGCCCCUCUCUCUGCUCGGCCCUGGAAAACACGAGCUGACCGGCUUGACGCACCACCUCUCCGCCACGGGUCUGCUGCACCCCGUUCACCCAGAUGUGAAGCUCCAGAGGUUGCCAUUUUAUGACAUGUUGGAUGAACUCAUCAAACCAACCAGUCUAGCUUCAGACAACAGCCAGAGAUUUCAGGAGACGUGUUUUGCCUUUGCAUUAACGCCACAGCAAGUCCAGCAGAUCAGCAGUUCAAUGGACAUCUCGGGGACCAAAUGUGAUUUCUCAGUUCAAGUCCAAUUGCGGUUUUGCCUGUCAGAGACGAGCUGUCCUCAGGAAGAUCAUUUCCCACCCAGUUUGUGUGUGAAAGUUAAUGGCAAGCCAUGUAACCUGCCGGGUUAUCUUCCUCCAACCAAAAACGGUGUUGAGCCCAAACGGCCCAGCCGGCCCAUCAACAUUACCUCACUGGUCAGAUUGUCCACCACAGUUCCUAAUACCAUCGUGGUGUCCUGGGCCGCUGAGAUUGGAAGGAAUUACUCCAUGGCAGUGUACUUGGUGAAGCAGCAGUCAUCCACAGUGCUCUUACAGAGGCUACGGGCCAAAGGCAUCAGGAACCCAGACCACUCCAGAGCACUCAUCAAAGAGAAGCUAACAGCAGACCCAGACAGUGAAAUAGCCACAACUAGCCUUCGUGUGUCGUUGCUCUGCCCGCUUGGGAAGAUGCGGCUGAUGAUUCCAUGCCGGGCGCUGACAUGCUCCCACCUGCAGUGCUUUGACGCCACACUGUAUAUCCAAAUGAAUGAGAAGAAGCCCACCUGGGUGUGUCCUGUUUGUGACAAGAAGGCCCCCUAUGAACACCUCAUCAUCGACGGGCUUUUUGUGGAGAUCCUGAACAGCUGUAUGGAUUGCGAUGAGAUCCAGUUCAAGGAAGAUGGCAACUGGGCCCCCAUGAGGGCAAAAAAAGAAGUGCAAGAAGUCUCCUCUGCCUCGUUAAACAGCAGCCUGAAUGGUCCUUCGUGUCCGACGUCUGUGAGCUCCGACCAGCAGAACUACUUGUCUGCUAACCACAGCGACAUCAGCAACGGCAAGAAAACAGCAGUGAUAGACUUGACGUUAGACAGCUCCUCAGAAGACGAAGGACAGGACACUCCGUCGCCGCAGUCGCCCCAGCCGCACCAGCCGCCCCAGCCUCCAUUGCCUCCUCCAGCCAAACGAGCCUGUCCCUCCAUGUCCCCCACGUCGUCGCCCGUCCUCAACAAAGGUGUGUUGAACCUGCACCACCAGGCCUCUCCAGUGAGUCGUGCUCCCAGCAUGCCAGCUGUGGACACCAGCUACAUGCCUCCUGUGCCCCCACUCAUCCAGGACUAUAGACCUUACUACCACACCCCCAGCGACCUGCCGGAUUUGAACUUCUUCUCUUUCCUGCAAGGUGACAAUCAUCAGCAUUACAACAUGGUCAUGGCGGCAGCGGCGGCCGCCUCCACCUCAGACGACCACGAGCUGCUCCUCAACCGCUUCCUACCUUACGGCACCUCCGGCUCCUCAGCCUCGUCCCAGCUGUUCCUGGAGCAGUCGGGAGCCUCUUCAGCGUCUUCACUGACUGUCCCAACAAACGGGGCAAGCAACUCAGUCAGUAGCAGUAGCAGCAACCUCAUGUCAUCCGGCAGCCUCCGCGACGCACACUCCUUAUCCUCGCACACCCCACACUCACACACCGGGGUGCUGGCCGCUCGGGGUAACGCAGAGGCCGCGGUGGCAGCUAUUUAUGGAGGAAUACCUGACAUUAUUUCACUGGACUGACUGCCCGUCCGGCCAGGAGACAAAGUAUUUGGCUGCAGGGUAAAGAACCGACUCAGAAAUUUGCCGAGUUGUAGUGCAAGACGCACUGGGGGGACGAGCACCGUGGAGUCUUUCCUCACUGGACGCACCUGACAGCAGCAGUCUGGUCUCCAACACUCGGACGGGUCAGCUGAGCACAUUGUUGGAGACUUCAUCAGCACCUCUGCUGAGCUGUAGUGCUACCAACACGGCACAAACAGCGAGAACACAGAAGAGGAAAGCUCUUUUUUAUUUUAUUAUGAACACCAGGAGAGGCGGCGUGUAGAGAGAACAAAAUCUAUUUUCUUCUUUUACUUUUGUAUGUUCCAUCGGGGACACGUCCAGGCUGCUCAGCUGCUUCCAUUGCUGUUUUGUGACCACAUCACAAUGCCGCCCGCCCCCCCACAGCCCCCACCCCCGCCGUGUACGGCUCCAUUCACCUUCUUGUCUGAUGAAAUUCCACAUCAAUCUCCGCUCAUUUCCUGCUUCCUUCUACAGUUGUUGUUGCUUGAACGCAAUAUGCAUUCCGUUCCAUGUUACCAUGGGGAGGGGUCACUUUCACUUCUUCUCAAGACUCUGUCAAUAUACAGGAUAGCAUUUACACACUUUUGGAUCUUCACACUAUUUAUAUUUGUAAAUUAAGAGCUGGAAGGAUUUUUUUAUUUUUUAUUUUUUUUGCUCAAUGCCAAAAAUAACAAGGUACCUUGACGAUGAUCGGAGUGCAGUUGAAUCGGAGCGACAUGAAAAGGACGUGUUUUCCCCCACACACUUUAAUUACUCACAAAAGUGUGGAAUAUUUGACUUUCUGGAUGUGCUGUGAGCUUUACAAGUCAACUUCAUUUCACCUUUCGAAUGCACGUGUCCAACUCUUAAAGGAAAAGUGCACUUUUUUCUGGAAUUUUGCCCAUCAGCCACAAUUCUUAUGUGUGACACAAACACACAUCUUCCUCUUUUCUGUGCGUUCUAAAAAUAUAAAAAGAGGUAGCUGAGAAUGCACGUAAUGGGACGCCCAAUUUACAUGAGUGACCUGGAUAUGAACUCAUUCAAUCCCAGCCAAUUUUCAAAAGAGAACCGCUUUUGGCUGAUCUUUCAAGGCACACAGAAUAUUGUGUUCUAUGGCUGUAUAAACAUGGAACCUACCAAAAGAAAGACUAGACUCCCGUCUUUCAUCGGAAAAGAAAAGUUUGUUUCUACCUUUUUCCAUUCUUUAGUAAUCAGCAGUAGAACAUAGGUCAGUUUCAGGAAAAUAUUAGUUCCCCGACUAGAAAAGGGAGAUUUUUGGCCAGCAUGACUUUCACUUUGACGCCAAUAUUUUUAAAACUUUGUUAAUAGUAGGGUUUCUAGGCGGGAGGUGUUUUUAUUGUUAGCUGUUUUUAUAUCUUUAGAACUCAGAAAAGAGAAAGACGUGUGUUCAUGUCUGGCAUAACGAUUGUGGAUGAGGGGAAAUUUUUUUUUAAGUACACUUUUCCUUUAAAUGUUUCAGUACUUUUUGCUCAGCUUGCUGUUCUGUGACUCUCUAAGCUCAGUGGCCACUUCCCUCUGAGAACAUCCUGUUUGAAGCCUGGUAGUGGUGAGGUACUUUGAUGUCCUCAUGGUGUGAAAAUGUGACCAGCAUGAUGAAGAGGACUGUUUGAAUACCAAUUCUAAUUCAAGCAGGACAUUUGUUGCUCCAUUCAUUGAUCACACACCUUUUAGAAGGCAAGUUGUACAAAAAGUACGGAACCAUCCAACAGUUGAACAUGUGCUUUCACAAUUCAUGAAGUUCACCCGUAAAGGUUAUUUUAACUUCAUCCUGAAAGCCGAAUAUCCCUCACUAGGGGUGUCACAAGAUCUCGCGAUAUUAAAACGUGACAGGAUUUCGCAUUCAGGAAAAAAAUGUCUUGUGGGCGCUCGGCCCAGGACAAUAAUAAAUAAAUUCAUCACACAAUAAAUGAAAAUGAACUGGAUCAUUUUUCCUGCCUCAAUAUAUUGCCAUGUGCAUGCGUGUCUGUUUUCCUCGUCUCCCGCCUCCAAACAGGCAGGAUGGGAGUUCACUCUGUGCAUUGGUUUCAGCACCCGGACACCCUUUCGUCAGUCGUACAGACUCUUUGUCUCGGUGGGUGAACGUGGGGCAGCCAUUUACUUUUUUAUCAUUGUAAGUUUCAGUGUUAAAAUUUCGUCUCGUUCGACCCAAUCUCAUUCACCGCCUCGUCUCGUGACACCCCUUGCCCUCACGUUUUGUGGGUUGCAAGUUGAAAUUGCAGCCCGUCUCAAACUUUCAACCAGUGCCCGUUUGUGUGAAUGUUUCACACCACGUUUCUUCAAACGCUCACGAACAUUUGGAAACAUUAGCUGUUUCUAUGUUGCAGCAUUUAUGAAGGGUGGACUAAAAUUAAAAGGGGGGAGACAUCAGCUGAGAAUGCACUGCAAGAUGAAAUUAAGAUCAAAUUUGUUUAUUUUUAACUAGCCAGUCACUUUCUGUGUUUAACAAUUGGCUUUGCAAAAAAAUAUAUAUUGACUUAAAAUACGCAAAACCUUCCUUUUUGAUUGGAAGAUGGUUAUUCUUGUGAUGGUGAUGCUUAUUUUAGGUAAUAUAUCUCAUAUUUUGGUACAAAAUUGGAAAAUAUGUUGUAAUGCCGGAUAUUUAAAUGUCUUGUCUGUUUAAAAAUACAGUGGAACCUUGGUUAACAUCCGCCCCAGUUAACAACCAACCAUCCAUCCAUCCAUCCAUCCAUCCAUCUUCUAUGCCGCUUAUCCUCACGAGGGUAGGGGGUAUGCUGGAGCCUAUCCCAGCCGACUUCAGGCGAGAGGCGGGGUACACCCUGGACUGGUUGGCAGUUAACGUGUUUUUCAGUUAACGGUGAAAAUUUACACCACAGUUUUGCCUCGGCUUGCGUUCAUUCUCUGGUUAGUGUACAACAUGGCGCGUCUGGUUGUGUUAUUAAUACACUGCGUGUAAUACACUUCCUUGUUAGCAAUGAUGACGUCUAUGAUGUCAUCAGGGACCGACUGAUAAAUGUUCACACAAAACACCUUUUAAUAUGCAUAAAACAAUUGUAAAUGCAUACCAAUGAUGGAUGGACAGAAAAAGGAACAUUUGAGGUUACUUUUACCUUCAUGGAAGACGUGACUGUUCCCAAAGACGCCAUGUGGCAGCGAGAUCAUCAACCACCACUGCCUUCCUGUUUUCGAUCGUCAACAAUUUUCUCCUUUUCAUUCAUCAUUUAUUUAUUUAUUUAUUUCUAUACAUUUCACACAUUGUUUUCUGCAUGUCUAACUAUACUUGUAAAACUAUAAAAACAUGUUUUGUGUUUACAUUUUUGGCUUUCUGGAACGGAUUCAUUGGAUUCACAUUAUUCCUUAUGGGAAAACGUUUGGUUAGCAUCCGUUUUGGUUAGAGUCGGCCCUUCUGGAAGGGUUAAAUAAUGCUAGCCAAGUUUCCACUAUUUAUGCAAAAAAAAAAAAAAAAGAGAUA